AUGAGUGCUGCUGCAACCAUGAGACGGAGCAUGAAUGGUGCUGCUGUAAUCAUUUCUCGUCCACUUCCAGGAUCAUCCUUUUCAAUACACCAAAUACGGUGCUUUGGAAUUGGACGUAUGAUCGACAUGGGAGGCAUGCCAUCUGGUUCCAGCGACAAUUCCAUCCUUCGACCGGUCAAGAAUGCUUCCAAGAAUAGCAAAUUGCAAGCCGUUGCCUUUGAUUUUGAAACUCUCACGACCUUUGGGAAGGAUCAAGUUCAAGACAACAAGAAAAGCAAUGCAAAUGCAACCACCUCAACGGCACCCAUACCCUCGUCGUCUUCCAUCCAACCAGAUGCCAGUCGCAUCGAACAAGUGGCAUCGUUAUUGAAUGUGGAUCUUCCUGGUACAGCUACUGCUAGUAGUAGUUCCACCCAGUCCUCAACACCACCACCACCACCAACACCCAAAGCAUCCUGGGAAAUUAACCAAGACGUUCGUGCCAAAUACGCCAAGAAACUCCAAGGAGGUAUCGCCGGCAUUGAACUCGCCAAGCAUCAAGUUGCCAGCGAUUUGGCCAAGGGAGAUGCUCCAGGACACUUACAGGCGCGCAAACUAGCCAUGGCCAGUGGUGGAGACAAUGCGAGCAAAUGGAUGGCCAUGUCCGGGACCGGUAUUUUACUAAGUUAUUUAUCCCAUCGAUCCAUCCAUUUGGCAUUAUUGCCCAAUCCCAUCAAUCAAAAAGACAAUAAUACUAUGAAUCACCAAGUAUUGCAAUCCAUGCAAUCGCUAAAGAGACAACUCAAGGAUGUGGUGAUUGAUUGCAUUGUGGAUCCUACCCAAGUUGCAGCACAGGGCAGUGCCGACAAUUAUCAAAGUCUGUUGGAGGAUCAAUUGAUGGAUCACUUACAAAUUCAUCCCAAUAAAAUAUUGGUGGUCAGUGACAAGGAUCCUUAUUUGAAGGCCGCAAAGGAAUUGGGCAUGUUGACCUGUCGCUUGCAACAACCCAAUGCCAGGAGGGGCAAUGUUUCGGCGCAUUUCAACAUUCCGUCGCUCGAUCAAGUCCAGGAAGUGGUGAAUGAAAUCAAUGGAAUCUCCUUCAAUGCCGUGUUGAAUCGAUAG